AGAAAGGGGGCGGAGCACAGAAGCAAACCAUGGCUCCGAGGGAGGGAUCCGUGAUUGACAGAAACGGGGGUGUUCCCUUCAGAGCGUCGGGCAUCAUCAAAGAAGCCGACCCCCGGGUCGUUGAUUUCUCUGCCGGUUUACAGGCCACGGAGAGGAGAUGUGUUUAAGGUUCCUCCUGUAGCUUUGCCCUGGACGUGGGUGCUCCGGCGAAGGGAGCCGUCUGUUCCAGACGCGGCAGGUUUCUCUAGGAACCCACACGCCGGGAGCCUGGCGCUCUCCCCUAAGUGGUACUUUUGUUGUCUUUCUGUUUAAGACAGCAAGCUUUUCCCAGGCCCAGAGCCGCCUGCCAGCCUCUCUUGAUAAACAGCCCACCAGCUCUCUUGGUAGAUUGGAUGUUUAAUAAUUAGCCUAACUCAUUGUUUAUCAAAGUGGCAAUUAUCACUGCGAUGAAAUAAUAUUUUAACUGCAGGGGAAGCAUUACGGAUAGCUCCCAAGGAGACUCUACCGGCUGGGAAUGGCCCACACGGCUUCUGACACUCAGCGGAAAGGGCCACCCCGCCUCGGCUGGCGGGUCUCGGUGUCUGAGGUGCUCCCACCGGAUGCUGCCCCGAGGACCUAAGGACAUGUGCCCAGGAGAAGUGUGCGGUCUCAGCCCCUCCCACUGAGGCUCAAUGGCCCAGCAAAAUAUGAAAGUGCGGCCUGUGCUUCUGAAGCGGAACAGCCUAGAGUCGGUGGAGCUGGUGAAGCAGCCGCACCACCGCAGGAGCAAGUCUCAGCAGGUGCGGUUCAAGGACGAUGGGACCAGCAAGACACCGCCUGGCCCCCCCGAGGUGGAGGUCUGCACUUCCGAAGACCCGGCUGCGAUGGGCAAGGCUCAAGCGCCCAGACACCACCACCUCCCCACUUACUCGCUCUCCUUCCCCAGGUCCCAGAAGGCAGGGGGCUCUCGGAACAUCGCCAUCCAAACCUCCCCCAGUCUCAGGAAGCACUUCCCAAUUUUCAAAAGGAAGAGGCUCACAGCCAGCAAGUCCCUGGUGGAAAUGCCCACGGCACCCCAAAGUGCCAUCCAGGUCAACGGCAACCUCUCUGAACAGGACAUUGUGUCUUCUGAACUCGCCUACUUAAGGCUGGCUCAGCGUCUGGAGGAUGGGCCUCGAAGGGUCAAGGCGCCCCACCCGUUCCUCCCCAGGAUGGCCAAGGUGCAGAGCAACGGGCCCGUCAGCAUAUGCUUGGAAGCCGGGACUUGGAGAGCCUCGGAGAGCGCCACCGCUGCCAUUCAGGUCCCGGAUGACAUGUACCACAGUCCUUCCUGGGCAGCGAGGGGGCCCGCUUUUGGCCAAGACAGGUCUGCAGAGAUGAGCAACUCCACCCCCCCAGCGGUGGACGUGCAUGCGGGCGACGGGAGAAGAGCGCUCCCCCCCGAUUCGGAACGAUCCCCCCCUUGCUCAAACGCCACCAGCGGUGCCAACCACGUGCCAGGCACAGGGAAACUCAGACCCGAACUGCUUUUGCCCAAAGACAACUCUGGUGACAAGGACUUCGGCGCACUGUCAUCUCUGCCAAAGGACACGUGGGUUCCCUCGCCACCACGGACUCACAGCUGCCCCUCGCCAGGCCAGCCCGCCCAUGGCCGGCCGGCCCACCCUGGAGGGGCGUCAGACUGUUCUUCACCGGGUGACCAUCACCAGGAGCUGCCGUCACUCAAACCCAACGACGCGCCCAAAUCUGCCCCUGCGUGUCAGGAGCAGACAGCGAGCACCCCCGCCCCGUCAGACGCCCCGGAGCCUCGCUGUUGCCCAGGAAAUGAUCGCCUCCCGUCCCCCCUUCCAAGGAGGGAGACCAAACUUCAGAGCGGCAGGGAGGUUGGGGGCAUUCAUCAAAUCCACCUGGCACGGGGCGAACUCUGCGACCUCCAAGGCAGGCUGCAAUCUGUGGAGGAAUCUCUGCACUCGAACCAAGAGAAAAUUAAAGUCCUUUUGAAUGUAAUUCAAGACUUGGAGAAGGCUCGGGCUCUCACAGAAGGGCGCAACUUUUACCGAACUGGCCAAGACCUCAACAACUGCAGGACCUGCCAGAACACAGCGUGCAUCAUAUACAGUGUGGAAUAUGAUUUUCGGCAGCAGGAAGGCAGGUUCCAUGAAGUUCUACAGAGCCUGGAGGAAGCGGAACCCGCUGAGGAGCCCUCUCCCCCACCAAAGUCCCCAGCAGAGCCCCCUGUCCCUGAGAAACAGGAUUUAAGGCGGAAAACCAAGAAGGUGAAGAAGAAAUGCUUCUGGUGGAUCUGAGCCUGUCGGGACCAUGCCUUGUGCCCUCCCCAAGCACCCCCCUGAGGUGGGGAGGCCGCCGCCCUCGGCCCUUCUCCACUGCUUAGCAAAGGCCCCAGGCUGUGAGCCACUCAACCUGCGAAACGGGAAGGACCCAGGGCUGGCUCGGCCGCUGCUGGACCCCUGCCCACCAACCUCACCUGAGUGAGCGCCACUGCUUGCUGAGGACUUCACGGACCCUAGAGUGACCACUUGCCUAGCUCCCCAUCACCAGUCCACCAGGCCACGUCCUGGUGUGCGCAGUCUGGGUUCCCACCAUGAGCAAAGCCCACGUAUCGACUUUCCAACGCCUCCGUGAUGCAAAGCACCUCCUUCUCGUCCUUGGUCCAUCAUCCCGAAAGAAGAAAAAGAGAUGCUGUGCGGGGCGGGAAGGUAGAGGGGCUCUGUGAACAGAGACCCCGGAAGAGAUCAGAUACAUGCAUCGGCAGCUUUCGGAGAAAACGGGGUACAGGAGCACCGCAGAAAUGGGGAGGGCAUAAACAUGCAAGAUUGCCUGAUGGGCGGGGUCAUUUUCACUUUAAAUUAGGCCUUUGAUCUCAAGCCAAGGACCUGUCAUCUCACGCUGUGUGGCCUUCCAGCCUGUGGCAGAGCCGGGUCGCGGCAGGGGGUAAGGAACUAGGAGUGGCCGUGCUGUGGGUGCAGCCCCGGGGCCCACCUUGGACCCCCGUGCUUCUCAGCCCGGGGCCCGAGGCUGCCUGGCCAAUGAGCCAGGUCCGGUUUGGGUUUGAAUGAUAAGAUUCCAGGGUUAAUUUUUUUUUCUUGAAUUUAUCGAGGUGACACUUCCACAGUUAAUUUGCCCGCAGCCUUUAAGAUCAUGAGAUCCAGCGGCCUGUCUGUUUUAUCUCGCCAGUAACAUAAAUAAGACUGAGAUCAAACACAACACAGGUUAUCAUUCGUUCAUCCCCACGGUCCCUUUGUAGAUAGGCUCAAAGGUGUAUUAAUCUACAUAAUCCCCCUCCCCGGUGGCCAGGCAACGGCCACAUGAUUGAAGAAGCAGCAGGACUAGGGAUGAGGAUAUAUAUAUAUAUUCCCAUGUUCGUAUAAAAGACCUUUCCUUCCCAAAGUCUAAAUGUCGGGCUCAUUCUUCCGACAUGACCCCUAUACGUGUGGGCCCAGUCAAACUUGCAUGGCUGAACAAUGAACAUAACAUAAUUCAGUAAUCGCUACAUACGCUUGGGGAUGAGGGAUGGGUUGGCAAGGCUCUUGGUCCACGUGCAACUGCCUACCAGCCCGUGGUUGGAUCGAUUCCGCUGAGAAAAGGGAUCCCACAGCUCAGCACGGCAUUCAGAGAGGAAGGCCUUCGUUCCCCCCUUAGCUCCAGAUCCCCAACCUGAGUCAGAGUCCGCAGAGCACAGCGUCCUGCGUGCGCGUGGGGUGAACGUGCCCCACCGCACACGGAGAGGGAGGGAGCAACCCCUCCGACAGUUGCACCUGCCCUGCCACACUGCUGCAGUGCAGAAGCUAUUUCGGUGAGAGCGAGAGGGGAAUUUGGCAAGGGAUCUCAGCUUGCACUAUUUAAGUCUUGGAAUGUCAUUCAAGAUGUUCUUGUUCUGUUUCUAGUGAGAUGUUUAAACCCACAAAACGAGACCGGCAUCCAUAAUGUUCCGUUGGAAUUAAGAUAAAUACACUUGUCAUACUUAGGAAGCCACAUUUCAUAGGAUAUGCUGCCACUGGCUAAAAGCCACGCACCUUUCUGUAUCCACACAAUCCACUCCCAGUUGGCCCCAACAAUGGAAAAGAACAGCGCGGAGGAUAAUCCAAUAAAGCAAAAUCAUGUGGGAUCUCUUAUGUAAUUGUAUCUUGUAGUAGAGCUUCCAUCUUAAUUUGCUUUGCUUACACUAAUUUUCAAAUGAAUUUAUAUUCCUGGGCAGCAUGCUAGAAUGAAAAUGAUCCUGUCCUGGGAAUUAAGAGACCCAGGCAACAGAAGAGCCUAGUCCACUACUGUCCUCGGACAAAGCGUUCCAAUGUCCAGGGCCGUUUGUCCAUUCCCGAGGGGAGCUAUAAACACCUACUCCGCCUGCUUCGUCUGCUCUGUGCAUGGUCCGACCUCGCCUGAGCAGCAGGACCCAGGGCGGGGCUGGGUCGUUUGCCAAAGUCGGCCCGGGAUAAUGAAGAGGCACCUGAGGUCACUGUCACAAAAAGCAGAACCCGACCCCUGGGUAAUUAAAAAGCGCAUGUUUUUAUACCCUUAUGUGGAGUUGGGGGCCAUGGAUACACCCUCCAGUGGAAAGCAGAAUUGGGUAGAAAAUGUCGUCACUUCCAGACAUUCGACCAAAUGAGACUGUAAUAAUGAUUCUAUACCAAAGCACAACGCGACACCGCUCGGGCCGCCAGCCUGAAGCAGGGAAGGAGGGCUCUCCUGGAAAUCGAGCAUUCACCAUCGUUACAAGGGAAAAGGGACUCAGUAAGCACCUUCCUGCUAACACAAAUGAUCAUCUCUGUUCAACACAAUAAACUAAAAACCAUACCUAUCCACCUACCAAAACUCUCGACCCAUCUACUCAUGUGAAAAUUGCUUCUUUGUAAAAUAUUAGGUAACAUCGACCGUGAUAAUCUAUUACAACGCUGUACUUGAGGUUAUAUGGUUUUAUGGAGAGAGAUUAAUUUAGCAAAAAUUACUUUUGUAAAAUGGAAAGGAAAAAAAGACUGAUACAUCACCUUACGUUGCAGGAGUUUGUGUAGCUGCUUUCUCUGUAGUUAAGGAAGUUGUGUACUCACUAUUCCUGGAACCUCAGACCAGCUCAUCUGUAGAGGACCUUCUUAAAAACUAUGUAAAAUGUAAGGUUUUGUAAAUUUCUAAACUGUUUUAAAUGGGAUAUUAUCUUUUGCAAUAAACGUACAUAUUUUUCCUAG